CAGGCGGUCCGCCGCGCGAGGAAGUGGCGCUGUUGUUUGAGCGACGGGACCGUCUCGCUCUGUCUCGUGGGUUCAUCUCUAGUGCUUUUACUGUGAUUUACCGUGAGUUCUGCCGUUGAUGAACCGGGACUGACCGCGCUCUACAGCUCCCCGUGCCGCCCGGUCCACAUUAUCACGUAAUGGCCGCAGAGGUGAACGGCAGCUCUGUUCUGCUGAAGGAGGAAGAGGAGCCCAUGGAGGUGACGGCCCCCCACUCAGAGAACUAUCAGGCGCUGCUGGACGCGGGUCUGCCCCAGAAGGUGGCCGAGAGCCUGGACAACAUCUUCCAGACCGGUGAGUCUGCGGAGCACGGUCUGGUGGCGUAUGCGGAUCUGGACGAGCGUGCUCUGGAUGCGCUGCGUGAGUUUAAUGAGGAAGGAGCUCUGUCUGUGCUGCAGCAGUUCAAGGAGUCUGAUCUCUCACACGUGCAGAAUAAGAGUGCGUUCCUGUGCGGCGUCAUGAAGACCUACAGGCAGCGGGAGAAGCAGGGCAAUAAAGUGCAGGAGUCCAGCAAAGGCCCCGACGAGACCAAGAUCAAGGCUCUGCUGGAUAGGACCGGAUACACACUGGAUGUCACCACCGGUCAGCGGAAGUAUGGCGGGCCGCCCCCUGAGGAGGUGUUCUCCGGCCCGCAGCCCGGUAUCGGCACUGAGGUGUUUGUGGGUAAGAUCCCGCGUGACCUGUAUGAGGAUGAGCUGGUUCCUCUAUUUGAGAAGGCGGGCUCCAUCUGGGACCUGCGGCUGAUGAUGGACCCUCUGACGGGCCAGAACCGCGGAUACGCCUUCAUCACCUUCUGCAGUAAAGAUGCAGCGCAGGAGGCUGUCAAACUGUGUGACAACUAUGAGAUCCGCUCGGGCAAAUAUCUGGGUGUCUGCAUCUCUGUGGCCAACAACCGUCUGUUCGUGGGGUCCAUCCCCAAAAACAAGACCCGCGAGAGCAUCCUGGAGGACUUCGGCAAAGUCACAGAGGGUCUGCAAGAGGUGAUCCUCUACACGCAGCCGGACGAUAAGAAGAAGAAUCGUGGUUUCUGUUUCCUGGAGUACGAGGAUCAUAAAUCUGCAGCUCAGGCGCGUCGCCGGCUGAUGAGCGGGAAGGUGAAGGUUUGGGGAAACCCCGUGACGGUGGAGUGGGCCGACCCAGUGGCUGAACCCGACCCCGAGGUCAUGGCAAAGGUGAAGGUGCUGUUUGUGCGUAAAUUGGCCACGCCAGUCACAGAGGAGCUGCUGGAGAAAACCUUCUCCCAGUUUGGGAAGCUGGAGCGCGUGAAGAAGCUAAAGGACUAUGCCUUUGUGCACUUCGAGGAGCGCGACGCUGCGGUCAAGGCGAUGCAGGAGAUGAAUGGUAAAGAACUGGGCGGUGAGGAGAUCGAGAUUGUGCUGGCGAAACCUCCAGAUAAGAAGAGAAAAGAGCGGCAAGCAGCCAGACAGACCAGCAGAAGUACAGGGUAUGAUGACUAUUAUUACUACCCUCCUCCUCGUAUGCCUCCUCCUGGGCGUGGCCGUGGGCGUGGUGGACGAGGUGGUUACGCCUACCCUCCUGAUUACUACGGUUACGAGGAAUACUACGACGACUACUAUGGCGGUUAUGAUUACCACGACUACAGAGGCGGCUACGACGACCCCUACUACGGUUACGACGAUGGAUACUCAAUGAGGGGGCGGGGCACUCGCGGCAGCCGCGGAGCUCCGCCUCCCCCUAGAGGGCGCGCAGCACCGCCCACCCGUGGGAGGGGUGGGUAUCCUCCAAGGGGCGGGGCACCGAUGGGGGCAGGGCGAGGUGGGCGGGGUGGACGCGGCGGACCCUUCCAGCCUCCUCGGGGCCGCGGCACUCGAGGUGCACGAGGAAACCGCGGCGGGAACGUAGGCGGGAAACGCAAGGCGGACGUGUUCAACCAGCCGGACUCCAAACGCCGGCAGACCAACCAGCAGAACUGGGGCUCGCAGCCAAUCGCGCAGCAGCCCCUGCAGCAGGGCGGCGAGUACUCCAGCGGAUACAGCUACAGCAACGACUCGCUCGAGUUCUCACAGGACUCCUACGGCCAGCAGUGGAAGUAGAGCCCCGCCCCCUGCAGAAGCAGCACCCUGAUUGGCCAGCAGUGUUUGUUUGACUUUUCUAUCCCCGUAGAGUCAGAGCGUGUCGGCGGCGGCGGGACGUUUGUCUUAAACGGGCCACUUUUAUCCCACAUCCUCGUUUUAAAUCACGAUGAACGUUUUAAAGAAGACUGUCUGAGGACGCUAAUCAUGAAAUGGCCUUCCGGAGAGAUGUGUGUCCUCGUCCUCAUCGUCUGCUCCUCUCCUCCUCCUCCUCCUCUCAGUAGUAGUGGCGUAGGGACUCGCGUGUAAAUAACGGCUGUCGACUAGAGCUUCCUUUCCUUUGGUUUGUUUUGUUUUUUGCAGCAGUGGAAAAAAGAAUCCACCAGAAGGAGAACCCAUUUUGUAGCAGCAGGACCGCUGUUUCCGUGUCUGUUUAGCAUUUCUAGAAGUAGUGAUUGUGUUUUUUAAACUGAUAUACUGAUAUUAUACCUUCAGAUGUGUUCUGUUUUCCAUUGGGAUUUGCUGGUGAGGGUUUGGUCUGGCUUACCUUAAGAGCUGCGGCCGCUGGCCUGAUGUUUGUAUUUAUAACUUUAUUUUUAUUUUGUUCAGUUUCAAUAAAACUCGAUCGAGCAACUUCCA